AUGGCGCCGAGACGAGCCCAGCGGCGAGAUCAACAAACGACCUGCGCGGUACUCAUACUCGCCGCGUCCUUCCUAUGCAUGGCGCUCGCCCAAGAGGACACCCUUUUUGACGAAGUCAAUAAGGCCGGCCUGGCGGAGCGCCUUCCGGUCUAUAUCGUGCGGAUGCGCAACUCCCCGCCCGUCGCGGGGUACACCGGCGGAAUCGACGGGCUGGCGGCGACCGUCAACGGGCAGCGCAUCGCGCAGUCCUUCCGCGCGGGUGCCGCCGCGACGCUCGCGGGCCGCCGCCGCUUCCGCUUCGACCCGUUCAGCCGGCCCGUGCAGCAAUUCGCGCGGUGGCUGGGGCAGAUGCAGGCUCGCGUCGCGGCCGACGCGGGCGUGAGCACGCGAGACGUGCUCUACAGCUACAAAUACGUGAGCAACGGAUUCGCGGCGCGACUCACGGCGAAGCAAGUCCGGCAAUUGCGGAACCACCCGGCCGUGGCGCAGGUGAAGCAGAGCAUCGCGAUUCGCAAGCUCACAACGGACACGCCAACGUUCCUGCAGCUUCCGAACACGCUCUGGGCGGCGGCGGGCGGGCAGAGCAGCGCGGGGCAAGGCGUGGUGGUGGGGGUCAUUGAUACGGGGGUCUGGCCAGAGCACCCCUCGUUCGCCGGAGAUGCGUCGUACCCUAACCCGCCCGCCACGUGGAAGGGCAACUGCACGACCACCGCGGACUUCCCCAGCUGCACCCGCAAGCUCAUCGGCGCGCGCUUCUUCUCCGCGGGCUUCCGCGCCGCGUACGGCAGCGUCAACCUCGCCGCGGAUUGGAACUCGGCCCGCGACGCGGACGGCCACGGCACGUGGUGCGCGGGAGCCGCGACGGGCAACAGCAACGUGCAGGUGGCGAUCGCGCGCGGGCUAUCCCCAGGGCUCGCGAGUGAGGUCGCACCGCGCGCCUUCCUCAGCGUGUACAAGGUCUUCUGGAGCACGACCAGCGGCGGCGUGAGCGCCACGUGGGCCGACAUCGAGGCUGCUGUGAACAAGGCUGUAGCAACGAAAACUUGCAGGAAGCGACCACGAGCAAUACCCUACGCUCUUCCCCACUCAUCUCCACUCAUUCCCCCCCUUCUCUCCCUCUCCCUCAGAGCUGCGACCGGCAACAGCAACGUGCAGGUAGCAAUUGCGCGCGGGCAAUCCGCAGGGCUCGCGAGCGGCGUAGCCCCGCGCGCCUUCCUCAGCGUGUACAAGGUCUUCUGGAGCACGAGCAGUGGCGGCGUAAGUGCCACGUGGGCCGACAUCGAGGCCGCCGUGAACAAGGCUGUGGCGGACGGCGUGGAUGUGCUCAGCCUGUCGCUGGGCGGCCUGGAUCCCUCCGCGGAUUACUUUGACGACUCCUCUUACCUCUAUGCCAAUGCGAUGGGAGUGACAAUCGCGUACGUAUCAGGCAACGACGGAUCGCCGCCCUACAGCUCAACCAUGUAUCGCACCAUCUCCAACUUCUCGCCCCCUUCUUUCUACCCGUUCCCCUUGUUCCUCCCCACCCUGUUUAUUCAACAGAUGGGAGUAACGGUCGCAUACGCGUCGGGCAACGACGGAUCCCCUCCAUACAGCUCAACCAUGUAUCGCACCAUCUCCAACUUCUCGCCGUUCUACCUCACCGUUGGCGCCUCCACCAUCUCGCGCCGCUACAGCACCUCCCUCCUGCUGGGGAACGGAGUAACGGUCGCUGCCACGGGGUUUGGCAGUGGGAGUGCGAGCGUCGUGGGGUUGAGGGUCAUCGAGGGGAUUUCUGCUAUGGCUGCUUCGGCCACGUCCACUCAGGCCCAGUACUGUUAUUCCGGUUCACUUGACUCGGCCAAGGUCAGCGGCCGGAUUGUCGUCUGCUCGUAUGGCAGCGUGGGCACGAGCGUCAAGGUGGGGGAGGUGCUAGCACGGGGAGGCAAGGCUGUGAUCAUCACGGGGGUUCCUACUGUUCUCAAGCCCUUCCCGCCCUACGACUCGCGCCUGCCCUUGGUUUAUCUCGACUACUCUCCUGCUGACACGCUCAUCACCUACAUUAGAUCCACCACCUCUGUACUGAUCACUAAAGCUUUCCCUCCUUUUUCUCUCCUCUCUGCGACUCUCCUCCCAACCCUCCCCUCCCUCCUCCCUUUCCCCACUGCCCCCUACUCUCCCGCCCUCAAUCCCACCCCCCCCACCCAUCCAAUCAACAGCCCAACAGCCACGCUCUCCACAUCCUUCUCAACCGUCACCGACCUACCAGCACCCAACGUCAUCUACUUCUCCUCUGCCGGCCCAUCACUCAACCCCUCUGCACCCGUAGUAAAGCCACAGCCCACCAACGACAUUCUCAAGCCAGACAUCAUCGCUCCCGGAGUCUCCCUCUGGUCGUCUUGGCGUGCCUCCUCACCCUCCUCCACCACGCAACAGUUCGCCAUGAUUUCCGGGACUUCCAUGGCUACCCCGCACGUGGCGGGGAUCGCCGCGCUGCUGACUCAACGCUACCCGACGUGGUCCCCCGCACAGAUCAUGUCUGCGAUUAUGACCACCGCGAGCACGACGACCAAUCAGGGGUCGCCGAUCGGAACGAGUUACACGGCAGUCGCCACGCCUUUUGAGAUGGGCCAAGGGCAUAUUAAUUCCACAGGGCUCCUAGACCCUGGGCUUACCUACACUGCGGCUCUCGCGCAUUAUUACAACUUUUUGGCCGGGCAGGACCAGACCCGGAUGAAAUAUCUCAUUGGCGCGCAAACCAAGGUGAAGCUGACCCCGAUCCCGGCGUACAAUCUCAACCGUCCAGCCAUCUCCGUGUCGCGAUUGGUCAAGAGCGUGGUGGUGACGCGGUGGGUGGUGAAUGUGUUCAACCAGGCGUGUACGUACACCGCGAGUGUAGUCGCGCCUGCUAACGUGCGCGUCACCGUUUCCCCGUCAACAUUCACCAUUUCGCCGGCCAAGACACAGACAUUUACAGUAACAUUCAAUGUUACAACAGCAUCCCAGGACUUCAGUUACGGCAGCCUGACGUGGAGGGACCAAUUCGGGCAUGCGGUGCGGUCGGUGCUUGCUGUACAGCCAAUCAGCCUGUAG